GCGCGCUCCCGUGGCAAUAGGGAAGAUGGCGGCGCUCACGUCUCAUACGCAGCUUUUAAGUGGGAACCCAGUGUACGAGUCCUAUUACAGACAGGUAGAUCCUGGGAAUACUGGCAGAGUGGGGCCGACAGAAGCUGCUCUAUUUCUAAAAAAAUCUGGGCUGUUAGAUGGCACUUUGGGAAAGAUCUGGGAUAUGGCAGACCCAGACGGAAAGGGCUACCUUGAUAAACAGGGUUUUUAUGUUGCUUUACGACUGGUAGCAUGUGCACAGAGUGGCCACGACGUAAGCCUAACCAGCUUAUUGCUCACAGUCCCACCACCAAAUUUCCACAAUACUAGCAGUCCCUUGUUAACUGCAGGUCCUCCAACAGGGGAUUCACACUGGGCUGUAAGGCCGGAAGAGAAGGGAAAGUUUGAUGGUAUUUUUGAAAGUCUCUUGCCGAUUAAUGGUCUCCUGUCUGGGGACAAGGUGAAACCAGUACUAAUGAACUCAAAACUACCUCUUGAUGUGUUGGGCAGGGUUUGGGACCUUAGCGACAUCGAUAAAGAUGGACACUUGGACAGAGAUGAGUUUGCUGUGGCAAUGCACCUGGUCUAUAGAGCUCUUGAGAAGGAGCCCGUCCCAUCUGUCCUAAACCCUUCUCUCAUACCCCCCUCGAAGAGGAAGAAAACGGCAGCUGCUCUUCCAGGCUCUGUCCAAGUACUUCCGGGUGCAGUCCCAGUUCUCCCUGCAAGCCCGCCACCGAGAGAUAGUCUACGCUCCACGCCGUCCCACGGCAGCAUGACCAGCCUGAACAGUGCAGGGAGUUUGUCACCAAAACACUCGUUGAAGUCUGCACAGCAAUCCGCAAACUGGGUAGUGCCAGCAGGUGACAGAGGAAGAUACGAUGACUUUUUUCUCAAAACAGAUGUCGACUUGGAUGGUUUUGUCAGUGGCCAUGAAGUCAAAGACAUCUUUAUGCACUCCGGGCUUCCUCAGAACAUCUUGGCACAUAUAUGGUCCUUGGCUGACACGCGGCAAAUGGGGAAGCUGACAAGAGAGCAGUUCUCUUUGGCUAUGCACCUCAUUCAGCAGAAAGUCAGCAAAGGGAUUGACCCUCCUCAGAUCUUGACUCCAGACAUGAUCCCACCCUCUGAGAGAAGUACCCCGGUCUCUGACAGUGCGAGCUCUGUUGGCUCAGGAGAGUUCACUGGAAUUAAAGAACUGGAUGACAUUAGCCAGGAAAUUGCACAGCUGCAGAGGGAGAAGUAUGUCUUGGAUCAAGACAUCCGAGAAAAGGAGGAAUCAAUCAGACAAAAAACCAAUGAGGUUCAGGAAUUGCAAAAUGAUUUAGACCGGGAAACAAGCAGUCUGCAAGAACUAGAAGCUCAAAAGCAAGAUGCUCAAGAUCGCCUGGAGGAGAUGGACCAGCAGAAAGCGAAGCUCGAAGACAUGCUGAACGACGUGAGGCAGAAGUGCCACGAGGAAUCUCAGAUGAUUUCGUCAUUGCAAAUGCAGAUUCAUUCUCAGGAGUCGGAUUUCCAGUCUCAGGAAGAGGAGCUAAGCCGGGCGAAAGCUGAACUGAACCGCCUGCAGCAGGAGGAGGCGCAGCUGGAGCAGAGCAUCCAGGCUGGCAAAGUGCAGCUCGAAACCAUCAUCAAGUCCCUGCAGUCAACGCAGGACGAGAUUAACCAGGCCAGGAGUAAGCUCUCCCAGCUCCAGGAUAGCCAACAGGAGAUGUGUAAAAACAUUGAGCAGUACAACAAUGCACUCAGUGGGACUCACGGGGGAAGCAUGACUAACCUUGCUGACAUGAGUGAAGGAGUUCCUGAGAGAGACAAUGGAGGCUUUGGAGCAGUGGAGGAUCCCUUCAAGGCAAACACUCCAGUGUUCAGUAACAGUGUCCAUGAGCUGCGCACAGACCCGUUUCAGUCCGAGGACCCAUUCAAAACCGAUCCGUUUAAAGGUGCAGAUCCCUUUAAAGGCAGUGACCCAUUUCACAAUGACCCUUUUGCAAAGCAGCCACCAGCCACAGCAGAUCCUUUUGGUGGGGACCCUUUUAAAGAGAGUGAUCCGUUCAAGACCUCCCCGGCAGAGGAUUUCUUUAGAAAACCGACCAAGACCGACCCUUUCACAUCAGCGGAUCCUUUCAGUAAAAGUGCGACGCUUCCCUCAAAGUCUGCUCCAUUUGCCAGCAGUGAUCCUUUUGCACCUACAAACACACCACCAAAAGGACCAGAUCCAUUUGGAACUCUAGACCCGUUUGGGAGUAGUGUCUUUGGAAGCGGUAGUGGGUUUGCUGACUUCAGUCAAAUGUCAAAGAGACAGACCUCUCAUUCAGACCCCUUUGCUUCCUCGUUUGGUGGCCCGGGAUUCUCUGAAGAUCCUUUCAGGGGCAAGACUGACAUGCCAACCCUACCACCCAAGAAAAAUGUACCCCCCAGGCCUAAACCACCCAGCGGUAAAAGUACUCCAGUAAACCUGCCUGGGUCAGGAGAUUCCUCCAAGUCCAGCGACCCUUUCCAGCCCUUUGGCGCUGAAGACAGCGACCCAUUUCAAAGUAAAAAGGGGUUUGGAGACCCAUUUAGCGGCAAAGAUCCUUUUGCUCCUUCCUCCUCAAGUAAAGCUUCUAAAGACUCUGCCUUGGGUUUUGCAGACUUCAGUUCUCUUGGAAAUGAGGCCCAGCAGCUGGCGUGGGCGAAGCGGGAGAGCGAGCGCGCGGAGCAGGAUCGGGUAGAGAGGCUGCGCAGACAGGAGCAGGAGGACCUGGCGCUCGCCAUCGCUCUCAGCAAGGCAGAGAUGUCAAAUGCAUGAGCCGCUCGGAGCCAACGCAUCAACCUGCAAAGAAAGAGGAAAAACUUUUUUAAUAUGGACGAUACCGGACUCUCUGUGUGUGUACGUGUUAGUCAAGAGUUGAAUAACAAUUCCUAAGUGAGCUGAAAUCUAAAAAGGAUUUUGGUUGGUUUUAUUGUGUUUAGGGAGGGUGAUGGGGUUGGCUUGGGAAUGAAGUGAUGCACUGUAAAUGCACUGUACAAACCUGUACCAUAGACGUUUUAAGGCCAAUUUAUUUAAGAUAUGGAAUCUCAAGUAACAUAAACUGGAAGGCAGGGGUUAAAGAACAAGGUCAGGAUUGAAAUGCUUUUGGUUAAAAAUUUUAAAAGCCCGUUAUCAGUAAGUUGACAGCAGAACAUCUAAAGUUUCCUUGACAGAUUAGUAAAAAAAAAACAAAAACUGGAAAGUGUUUGCAAAACAAAAACAAAAUACUGGCAUAUCUAUUUAUUUAACAUUAGUAACAUUUGAUUACUAGUGUGUGUGUUUUUUUGUUUUUUUUAAUGCUUUACACUCCCAAGGAUUUGGCUGGUUUUGUUAAGAGAUCUGAACUUUAGCAUUUUGUUUGAUUGGGAGCAAUGACCAAUGCCUUUUAACACUCUGUGGUACUAGAGUCAAUAAGCACAGGCUGCAGCCGAGUUCUUGAGCAUUAUUUUGUAUCGGACUGUUUCUGAUUAACUCGGAUAUUUGGCCAAAUACUGUGCACCAAACAGGCAAGAAGCGUCUGUUGUUUUUUUUUCUAGAUGCUAUUCCAUUUAAAAAAAAAAAAAAAAAAAAAAAAGGAAAUUUAUUUGAAUGACAAGUCAUGUUUUAUGUACGUGAGUUCAUUUGACAAGGAACAGCUAAUGCUUACCUGCUCAGAAGGGGGAAAAAACAACCUUCAGAAACUGAUGUUUACCAUUUGCUGUGUUUGUGGUGUUCUAUGACAGUGUCCAAUUUAUAAAUGGAAGGGUUCAUGGUAAUUCAUUGUCAUGGUUGUAUUGGUUCAGUUUUUAUUGAAUUGCAACGCAAAAGAAUAGCUGUGAAGUAGCAAGGUGCUGUCCCUGGGAGGUCUUGAUAAUUAAGAUGUCUUUUUAUUGUUUUUGUGUAGGUUUUUAGUAGUAUCGUCCUUGCUAGUUUAGUCAUUGGGUUGCAUUUAGUUAUGCCUGUGUAGUUAGCUGGGAUUUUUUUUUUUUUAAGUUUACUAGCACAGCAUUGCUGUAUCUCAGUACCCUGUGCUUCAUAUGAACAGUAUUUUAAGCUGUUCAUUGACAUAUCAAGUUUCAAAAUUAGUCCAAUUCUGAGAAUAACUUCUGAUGACCUUGAAUUAUUGUAAGUUUGUCAGUGGUUUAAGUUCACACUAAUGUACUGUAUAUAUCUUCCAUUGAUUUUUCUAGUCUUUGUGGUGUUUUAAUCACAAUCCUCCUUUAAGCACCCCUUUUGGUUUUGUGCACUUUCCUAUAUAAACUGGACACUGUCUCAGAUACAUAAAGGUCUUUUGGUGGUAUUUUUUUUCAGUCGUAUGUUUCGUUAACUUUGCAAGAGGUGUGAUUUGGAUUUCAGUUGUUGCUCACCCCAGUGCCCACGAUUUUAAUUAAGAUGAAUAUUAAUUUGAGUCCCCCACCCCCCCCCAUAGUGCAGUAGUCGUCCUUUCUUGCUUUUUGUGUUUACUGUCGAGUGCAGUAUUUUGUAAUAGUAACAAACACACGUUCCAUUUUGUAACAAAUGUGCAUUCACUGAAACAGCAUUGUUCUAACUGCCAGAAAUGGGGUGUCUACCACACUCUGACAGCAUGUGUUUUAAAUGAUCUGACUUUACUGGGAUUUGACAGUGUGUGAACUCUAAAGCCUAAAGCAUUCCCAAUAUCCUGUUUCACCUGCCUUAGUCUUAUUUUAUGUAUAAAGAAAGGGAGUACCAGAAAUAUAAAUAAAUGUUGGAAGCUGUAUUCCUGAAAUGCA